AUGUGGUACAGUGAAUUCCUGGAACAACUGAGGAUUUCAAAUGGUAUCGACUCCACUCUGUCCAGCAAGGAGCUGGCUGGCAUGCUGGAGGAGGUGCAACAGAUGGUGGAGCAUAUGCAAAAGCAAAAUUGUAUGAUGCAGAGGAGGUUGGCUGAGAAUGAGCUCUCGGAAGCACAAAAACUCUUAGACUACAUCAUGAACAAUCUGACUAAUCAUCUGGAAAGUACCCAAGCUAAUGUUGAACGAAUAGCUCAAGACCUAAUGUCCUGGAACACUGGGCUUAAAGAGCUAGAGGAAGCACUGAAACAGGCAGAAAAAGCUAAUCAUCGGAUGAUGUUUGAGAACAAGCAGGAUGACAUCUUGUCUGAUCUGUCAAUGAUUAGAGGAAUACUGAGCGACACAGAGGAUCUUCAGAACAUGAUGAACAAUCUAAAAAAUGACUAUGCAAAUCUUGCAGCUGAAGUGGAUGGGGCAAAUUCACAGUUGAACCAGAGACUUGAUGAGCUUUCUAAAGCCACAGCCAUGGACAUUAUUGUCAGAAAGGCAGAGGAGCAUGCACAGGAGCUCAUGGAUCUUGCAAUGCAUUUUCAAAUGUCUCUUCUAAAUUUCACCAACACUUCAACUAUUCAUAAAGCAAUAGAUAUGAUCAAUGCUUUUGGAGACAUUAUUAACACUAUCAAAGAAGCUGAGGCAGCAGCUAAUAUAGCCAACAAAGCUGCAGAUCAUGCCUUAGCGGAUGUGAAAGCACAAGACCUAACAAAAAAGGCAGAAGAACAAAAGAAUUCUGCAAACAGCCUAGAUGACAAAGCUAAGGAAGCAGAAAAUAAUCUGAAAGUGGCUGCUGAAAAGUAUGAUACCAUUAAAGAGCACCUGGACAAGGCAAAGGGCAAAAAAAUGGAUAUGCAAAAAGAUAUCCAAACUCUCAAGGAUGAUCUAAACAUAAUCAACCGAGAUCAUAUUGGUGCCCUUCUGAAACAAGCUAAGGAUGCUGUCCAGGCUGCCAACAAAACAGUCAACAAUGAUACAGCACGUUUAAGCUCCAUUAGUAAGGAGCUGGACAAGAUCAAAAUACCCAGCGGUGACUCAAACGUGGACAACAUACUCAACAGCAUCAACAAAACAUGUGAGACUCUUCAGAUAUUCCAAAAAUUUACGGAUAUGCAAUAUAUACAAAAAUUGCUUCCUGUAAUAUUAUUAUAA